AUGGAUCUUCUCUCACUCACCUUCACACUAAUUGUGAUCUUUCUACUUUAUCAAUGGAGCAUGAUCUUCAGAUUCCUCUGCAAGUUGGCCUUACUCAGUUGCUGGGUUUUAUUCCUGUCUGUCACAAUAUCCCCUUGGGUAGCUGUAUUCAUUGGACAAAGAGUGGAAAACAUGAAGUUACUCUGUUCCUGCAUUCGUCCACUCAAAUAUAUCUACAAUAUCACAUUCACUGUGCAGGGCUCUGAGAAUUUGAAUAUCAAGCAAUCGUAUGUGAUUGUUUGCAACCAUCAGACAAAUUUUGAUCUUCUUGCAAUGGCAGAGGUCCUGCCAGAGCGCUGUGUACCAAUUACCAAAAAAGAGCUGCUAUACUGGGGGCCUCUGGGUUUCUCUGGUUGGUUAUGCAACUUAGUUUUCAUUGAUCGCAAGAAGAAGCACCAAGCAAGGGACACCUUAAGGCACCUUGCAGAGAGGAUGCAGCAUGAGAAGCUGAGGAUAUGGGUUUAUCCAGAAGGUACCAGGAACCGAGAGGACACCAUGCUUCCCUUCAAGCAGGGCGCCUUUCACUUGGCUAUAAAGGCUCAGGUCCCUAUUGUCCCUAUUGUGAUAUCUUCUUAUGCAGAUUUUUACAGUUUCAAGGAUAAGAGAUUUGAGCCAGGUAAUAUAAUUGUUCGGAUUUUGCCCAAGAUAGAAACACAAGGGCUUGACUUACAGGAUAUUUCUGGAUUGGUUGAGAGCACUCACAGAAUGAUGCAAGACACUUUUAAUGACAUUUCUGGGAAGAUUGUGCAGAGAAGGAUGAGAGACAAAUCUGUUUUAGAGAUGAUGCGUACAAUAAGAGGAAGAUCUCUGUGUCUACUUAAAUCCACCAUCACUAAAUAUGGACUGUUUGAUCAUAUACCUGCCAUCCAAGACUUGAGUUAUAAUAUGUACUUUAUUACUGAAGAUAAAUUAAUUUGA